AACGUGUCUUCAUGAUGAGGUCGUGGCGUCGCUCGUGCACCAGGAAAUGGAGGCAGAGCAGCGGUGGAUGAGUUGGUAGCUGCGGCUCAGAAACUGGGAGGAGAAAGAAGCGAGACGACAGGCGACUACUUCCAGCUCUGAGAGGCUUCGAGCAUCCGCAGGAGAAGAUGAGCGACGCGACGCAGCCCAAAGUGGAGCUGUUUGUGAAGGCGGGGAGCGACGGCCAGAGCAUCGGGAACUGUCCGUUCUCCCAGCGUCUCUUCAUGGUGCUGUGGCUGAAAGGAGUCACCUUUGACGUUACCACCGUCGAUAUGAAGAGGAAGCCUGACAUCUUGAAGGACCUGGCUCCCGGCGCUCAGCCGCCCUUCCUGUUGUACGGUGGCGAGGUGAAAACUGACACCAACAAGAUUGAGGAGUUCCUGGAGGACAGUCUCUGCCCUCCAAAAUAUCCACGUCUGGCCGCCCGUAACCCAGAGUCCAACACAGCCGGCAUGGACGUCUUCUCCAAAUUCUCUGCUUACGUCAAGAACUCAAACCCGCAGGCCAACGAAAAUCUAGAGAAAGGCCUGCUGAAGGCUCUCAAGAAGCUCGACGACUUCCUCGGCUCCCCACUUCCUGAUGAAAUCGACGAGAAUAGCGCUGAUGAGGUCACUUCCUCAUCCCGCCCCUUCCUGGACGGCCAAGCGCUUACUCUGUCUGACUGCAACUUGCUGCCUAAGCUCCACAUCGUGAAGGUGGUGUGUUUGAAAUACAGGAAAUUCAGCAUCCCUCAGUACCUGACGAACCUGUGGAGGUACCUGAAUGCUGCGUACGCCCGCGAGGAGUUUGCCUCCACCUGCCCGAUCGACGACGAGAUCCACAUCGCUUACUCCUGUGUAGCCAAAGCUCUCAAGUAGGAGGACAGCAGGACGCACAAGUCGUACACAUACACCGGCAGAACAACACACAAAAAGCACAAAAAUAACACAUUUAAUCUGCAAGCAACGUGAUGGCUCUGAUGCUUUGUUCCUGAAGCUUUUAUGUCCGUUUCCUUGUUUCAUGAAGCUUUAAAAGUUCAUAUUCUGCCCAUCACGGUUUCAUAACCAACCAAAAACAUUCAAAACUAUUUGGAGGAUGCUUCCUUCCGCUAUUGAGCCACAAAGUUGGUACUACUACGCAGACAAUUCGACCUCAAAGUUUCAGCUGUAGUCAUGCACUCAUCCCCAAGUGGCAUGGGAUGCAGUUCUCUCCUGUAUGUGUAAAGUUUUAUUUCACUCUCAAGUCUGUGUACUUGACACAAAUGGGUUCUUUCCGGACUCAUACAACAUCCAUCCACCAAGUUUGGUGGUAAUCCGUCCAGUUGUUUUUGUUAAACCCUGCUAAUUUACAGACAGAAAAACAAAGCGGAAACAUAACCUGCUUGGCCAAGGUAAGAAGUUCAUUCCAGAUUAAAGUUAUGUCACCGCCAAACUUGUUGACUGCCCUCAUAUCAUCUGAGUUUCCCUGCACAACCUCAUCACGUUGCCUGAAGACACUCACACACACACACACUUAAAACUACAGCCUUGCUUGUGUACAUUUUCCCCAUCAGUAGAUUUACACUUUAACGUUGGAAAUGUUUCUUCAUCCCUUCUCGACAAUGACAGUGGCUUGGUUUAUCCCUAAUAUUUUGUAUUAACGGAGAAUCAAACAUACACAACGCUGCCUACGAGAUCAGACUUUAACUAGAACCUCGCAAGCCUCCUACAAGCUGAUUCAGCUCUUAUUUUCCGUUUUGGUAUUAAGGACCAGGAACAAGGCCUUGUAUUUUUUAGUAAAGCAAACUUUCAUUCAAACAGUGUUUCAUUCUUUCACUCGGAAAGGAAGUGGGGUGCACACCAGGAGCCACAUUAGGGAGGCCGAGCUGAAAACGGUUGUAGAGACAGGAAACGGUUUCAAUAGACUCGGGCUUCCUCUUUCUCUGCUCCCACAGCAGGCACGGAGGAUUAUUCAAGAUUACCUAGCUGGGUUGUGAUCCGCUGUAAGAGCCUCCUCCUGCCGACAAAGUGCUCUGCUUUACUCGUCAUGUAUGAAGUAUCUUAGUGUAGUUCAAGAAUCCCUAUGAAUGAAGGAGAUCGGGUCGUCAGUGGAGGAAGAGGUGAAGGUCGUUUGUUGACUGCAGAAGUUUUCAGUGCAAACGCUCAAGCUGCCGCCUGCAGCAGCUCAAGCUCUGUCAUGUUCUUCAUGGGGGGGGGGGGGGAGCAGAAGUGAAAUGUUGAAAUGCAGGAACUGAAAAUAGGAUCUGCAGUUUUAUGUUGCAGUUUGUUAUUAAUUCAAAGAAAAGGCUCAUAUGUUUAUAUUAUCAGCACAUCCCAUGAAAGACCGAUACGGUGUGCUUGCCUCUCUCUGUACUUUCUGUUCCGAGCCGCAGUGAUAAGUCAACUUACAGAUUAUUUAAUUAAUAAGAAUUGAAUCUCUAACUAGUUUGAUAAUUAAAUAAUUGUUGUAACAUUAGUGCCACCCCCCUCGAAACAGAAGUCUUCAGUUUGUCUUCCUGACAUUUAAGCUGACCCUGGUUUGCGCUGCACCAGGGGAAAUCACUUUUUAUUCUUACGCUCCUUAAAAAAAAAUGCCAAAACUGCUGGUUUCAAGCAGCAAAAGAAAAGACAAACUUCAGCUUGUGUAGAGGAUUUUAUAAACCGCAGGGCACCGUGCACAUUAACAUUUACUGAGGCUGUUUGCGAUUAAAACUUAAUUUUAACCGUAGGUAGCAGUGUAGACAUCUUUUUGGUUGGCGUCUUCAUAUGUCUGGUCUCUCAGAUCAGGGUGAAUCACAGAGAUGAAAAGAAACCUAAGUGCAAUUUAUACUGAAAAGACAAUCCUGUGCACAGACUUUGAGUUUAAACAUGUGGUGUCAUCACAGUUGGUUAUUUUUCCCCCCAGAUGUUAAAUGAAACAUGUUGAACCCCUCUGCUGUCUUUACUGUUUUGUGUAAUUCAAGUGUUGAUCAAACCGAAUGUUGUACUUGACUGAAUUGUUGUGGAUUUCAUCUAGUUUCAAACACGUUUAAAGGGAUCGAGUCUGAAUAAUUUAAUAGUUAAUGUAUUUCAAUAUCUCUCCUAGACAAAGAGCUUUUCAUUCUCACUGUUAGACUUCAUACAAUUUCAGGGACCAUUCAACCUGUUACAUUCAUUUAUUGUCAUUAGUUUUGUUUUUAACCCUUGAUUAUUACUAUUUUUUUAUAUUUACCAUGCAUGGGAUCUAUAUUGUGCUUUUCACCUGUUUCCUGUCGCUUUGCAUUUUCCUUCAAGUAUUUUAGCCGUUGUCUUUUUUGCCCCAGCUGUUUGCCAUGUAGUUUGAAGCAGUUGCACUUAAACGUCUGCAGGUUGAAACUGGUGCUGUGGACAUUAAAUAGCAAUACAAAAAAAAAAAUCUAAUAGCACAGCAGAAAUGCAUUUUAUACUUAAAAGCUCUUUUUAAAAAAACACAUUUAUUAAUGUCCCAAUAAAAAUAUCGUCAUGAUGAAACAAA